AUGCGGGGCGGCCCCGGGCGGCGGUGACAGAGCCGCUGCCGCUUCCCCGCUGGCCGGGCCGGGCCGGGCGGCAGGAUGGGGCUGGAGCUGUACCUGGACCUGCUCUCGCAGCCCUGCCGCUCCAUCUACAUCUUCGCCCGCAGCAACAACAUCCCCUUCGAGUUCAAGCAGGUGGAGCUCUUCAAAGACUCGGUGCUGGGGAAGAAGCCGGCGGCGGGGAGCGGCGCGGAGCAGCCCCACGCAGGGCCAUCAAAUAGUGAAGGAGCUGGCAAAGUCAGCCUCUUGAAGAAGGUACCAGCACUAAAGGAUGGAGACUUUACCCUAGCAGAAUGCACCGCCAUUCUGCUGUAUCUGAGUCGAAAGUACAACACACCUGACCACUGGUACCCAUCAGACAUACAGAAACGGGCCCAGGUAGACGAAUACCUCUCGUGGCAUCACGCUAACAUCCGGGCUAGCGCUCCCAAGACCAUGUGGAUCAAGGUGCUGAUUCCCCUCUUCACAGGGCAGCCACUGCCCUCUGAGAAACUCCAGGAGGUUAUGGAGGGGCUUUCCACUUCCCUGAAGCAAUUUGAGGAGAGGUUUCUGCAGGACAAGGCGUUUAUCAUCGGGAAUGAGAUCUCUCUGGCUGAUCUUGUGGCCGUGGUGGAGCUGAUGCAGCCUGUGGGAGUUGGUUGUGACGUCUUUGAAGACAGACCUCGGCUGAUGGAGUGGCGCAGGCGGGUGGAGGAUGCUGUGGGGAAAGAGCUUUUCCUUCAAGCCCAUGAGAUGAUCUUCAGUAUCCAAGAACUGAGCAACAUUCAAAUUCAUCCGCAGCUGAAGGAGCAUCUGACACCUGUGUUGAUGAAGAUAUUGAAGUGAAUUAACCUAUCUUACCCUUUUUCAUGCCCCUUUUGUUUUAACUUCUUCUCUGACCCCCAGUUCUACAUGUAACUGGAAAGAGCAUUGUCCUUCUAACACAGAAACUGCAGACUGUUUCUCCUCCCACCAGACCUUUCUUGUAUCUCUGUGCAUGGAAGCUGGGGAAGGCUUAAAACCUGAAGCAUUAAAUUCAUCCAGUAGGCUGAGGUCACUUAAUGUGCGCAUCUGGGUUUUAUUUCAGCGUCACUCUUUUCAGAGAUGGUAGUGACACAAAUGGUAUUUCCUGACAAAAACUGAGCCAGCCUACACUGGGGAACUGCAUAGGAUGGGGAUCAUUGUUUUCAUGUGAUUUCAACAGCUCCUUCUCAAGUGGCAAGCACUGCAGGCGUGUUUGGUCCUCACCUUUCUUCCCAGCACACACAGCGCAAAACUACAGGAGGUCACAAAGUGAAAAAACACAUCGAAUACAUUUUAUUUUUUUAUUUUUUAAUUUUUUUUUAAUUUUUUUUUCAGUUUCUCACUGUUGAGGCCUCUUGCUUGGCUCUCCAUGCACACCCCCCACCCUUCCAUUUGCCUUUAAGCUCCUGUAAGAAGUUUCCUCAUCUACAACUGAGAAUCCUCCCAAAGCUCUGGUUAUGCCACUGCUCCCCAUUUCUGGAAGCCCGGGUUUCUUUGCUGCUUGAUCUGCCCGUACACAUGAUAGGGGCUGUUCUGGGAGAUCCAUGCAAUAAAGACCAAGCCACCUGAAAAAGCUGAUGGUGGCCACAGCCUUUCUUUAAUUGCCUAACUAAAAUACUCUUGCUAUUAUGUAGGGAAUACAAUGAGAGAAUGAAUUCACAGUGAUUGCUUGGAAGAUAAUAUAAUAGGAAGCAGAUUGGUUUUGUCUGUGGUAAUGCUGCAAUAGCAAUCCACAUUUCUGCCAGAAAAUGCAGAGGGGGAGUAAAUCCAGACAUGGUCUUCUGAGACUGUUUUGGAUGGAAGUUUACCAAGUCACCCUGUGCAGCUUAGCGAAUAAGAGGCUUUGUGGCAUUGAGCAACCGAUGCCUCACAAUAAAAGGACAGAGAGUUGUUUUGGAGCUUUGGGGCUCUUUUUCUUGGCAAAUACAGAACCCUUUUGUGCUGCAGUACAAUUUAUGAGCUAAAACUGAGAGGCUCCAACCAUUUCUAGUUUUUUUCAGUUGAAAAUAGCAAAUCGUAAAGGAUGCAGUAACUGGCGGAAUCCGUAUCUCUGCGUAUUUCCAUUCAUAAGUAGUUGCUGCCCUUGAAGCUUACCCUGAAACCCUUGCCUAAGAACUCUUCCUGUAGAGAACAGGACAAAAUGAGUAAAUAAUCCAGGAAGUGCUUCUCUCACUAAUCAAAUAACUCGUUUUCCCUCCAGUACCACCAUGUCUUGGCUAGUGACGUUUCUGCUGGGAAGCUGUAUAAAACCUGAUGUGUUCUGGUGAUGUUUUUCCCUAAUGUUUCAGUUCUAGGUAUUACCGAUUUAGUCCAGAGCCUACAGAGAUCUUUAAAUUCCCUGUCUGAAAAGAGAAUUCCAUGACAUACUGCAGCUUCCAUGAGCAGGAAAUUUCGUCCUGUGAUAGUGUUCUCUAUAAAGACGAGCCCUGACUAAACAUUCUCUCUUUCCAUGCUCCAAACUAUUAGAAACAGGCACAUGAUUAUUCCCACCCUAUCAGUUCUUCCCAAGCUGAAUCGUAUGUUUCUAUGGAUGUGUUAUUCACAAAAUAUUGUCUACAACUGAGUUAAAUUUUAAAUAGGAAAUGGUUGGGGUUUUUUUAUAUGUAUAUAAUUUUGACAGUGGAAUUCCUAAGUGGAUGAUGGCACAGGCAAAUGUCUGCAGAAGGGGAAAAACUGCCAUGAUUUUCCAAAGGCUGAGCGGAUUUGAGACUACUUGCUGCUGUGCUGUCCUGUCUUGGUCAUACGUUCAUAGAACCAUAGAAUCGUUCAGGUUAGAAAGGACCUUAAGAUCAUCCAGUUCCAACCCUGCUGCCAUGGGCACGGACACCUCACACUAAACCAUGCCACCCAAGACUAAACCAUGUCACCCAAGGCACCCCCGUACAAGCAUUUUAAUUGCCAGCUCCAAGACAGAAACAAUAACCCAAAUGUCUUUUGCCUAGUAAGAACUCUGUGAACAAUCUGCCAUUCACAUGGUCAGCCAUCGAGAGUGAAGGAAAACACGUAUCAAUCAAGAUGUUUGUGACAGUCCCA